AUGUAUCCAAUAUGCCAGCGAGAAUACUUGAUGGAAGUCAAAAAGAUUGACUUUCACUUUCGAAUUGUGGCUGGUUCCAUUGUGAUUGCCUGGCUCACAUUGAUAGGAACUGUCUAUCGCUAUGCGCCAGCCGAUAGCUUUGAGGCCUUGGACGGCCCCGAAAUGUACGCCGCCUGCUUUUCCGCCUCCUUUCUAGGGUUUGGCAUGCUAGCACGUUUGCUGAAGAUUCUGUGGUUGGAAACCAAGCCCAGUCAGAACUUUCGCAUGAGCGGCGUGUUGUGGGGUUCCUUUGCGGUCCAGACGGUGGCCAUGUGCACCAACGCCUUGAUGGCGAGCGGAUAUCCAACUCCUGUCAUGGUGGAUCCUGUAUUGGGCACUAGAGUCUUUCUGGCUCGAUGGUGCGAAUGGACUUGCCUGAGCUUUGCACUGACGUUCAUUGUCUGCGGGGUGGAUCCCAAUUCUGGGGUCAAGACUGGUUACGUCAUUGGAGCCUCUCAGAGUUUGUCCACCUUUUGUGGAUUGAUAUUCCCUUUUUGCAAAAGCCUGGAAACCUGGUUGGUCUGGAUGACCAUCUCUUGCAUCUUGUUCACCGUCAUUUUCAUUGGACUGUUUCAGCAAAAAAGGACUUUUGGUAGCAUGGAAAAGGGAGCUACAGCCUAUGCCAUUGAAGUAUGGGAUCGAGCCAGCUUGGCAUACAACCUCAUGAUGACCUGCUGUGCGGCAUGGUCGGCCUUGGUGGUCAUGUACUUUGUGGCAGGAGCGGCUGCCUUUUACAGGCCGGACGAUAUCCCCGAUUCCGCCUUGCCCCUCUUUCAACGAACCUAUUUCAUCAUGUUUUGGGAAGCCAUUAUGGAUGUCAUUCUCAAAAAUCUUUACAUGAAAAUCAUCAUUCAAGUACACAAGGCCGCCUUUGAUGAUGGAGAACGAGCGGAUCGCCGUCUUGCAGAACUCCGUCAGCAAAUGGCAGCGAUCUGGGAAUCCUCCAGCGAUGCCAUUUGCGUGUCCGUGGAGGGCAUUGGCGGAGCCAUUACCACCAUGGUCAGUCCUGCGUAUCUGCGUGAAUUCCAUGGGGUGACUUCCAAGCCAAGGACCAUUGUCUUUGAAGUGGACGAAGAACACAUUCGGAGACAAGACUACGGCAACCUCCAAGUACUUACGGCACGAGAAAUCAAUUUUCCAGAACUGCCGACCAAGAGCGACUCCAUGGUAGAGCCUGGCGUUGGUGGUGCCUUUGGUUUGGAACACAUGGAAAUCGGGGUGGACGAGAGUCUUUUGACCUCCCUGGCAGGCAUGGUGGGACGUGCCUGGAACCAAAAGAGGCAUAGCAAAAGCAUGAAUCACCGACUACUCAAAAUGGCGGAUGGAAAAAAGGUCUUUAUGAAAUGUGAGGCGAACAUUUGCACACUCGAUAACGAAGCCAUGCUAAUGGUCGUACGAGACAUUUCCGAACGGACCAAACGAUUCGAAGCUGAAAAGAAGACCAUUCUCGAGACUACUGCAAGAAAGAAGGAUGCGGAAGCCAAUAGAUUCACUAGACACGAAGUCAAGAAUGGUCUUUUGGCAGCCAUUCACUUGUGCGAGACCCUCAAGGAGUCCACUGUUGUUGCGAAUGGACAGCCAAAAGCACAAGAAUUGCAUGAUGGAACAUCUAUCACCACCAUUGACCUUCCACAACCGGCUUCCUUCAGCACACCAAUCAUGACGGACAAACUACAAGAGGUACUGACCGACCGAAACAGCCAUCAUUCACCAAGCAGCCAAAAUAUUUCCAUCUACACAGAAGAACUCGACAAGACCCUCAAGACGGUUUUGGAUACAAUUCUAUCGGAGGCCAUGGCACGUGAUGUCAUCCAUGGUAACUACGAGCCGAAACUGGAACGUGUCGAGCUAGAACAGCUACUCCAUACUACAGAAACAAAGCCCGACCAAUUCUCCCUCCAAGUCGCUCCAAAACCAAUGCCAUCGCUGCAUUUGGAUCCACGGCUGGUCCUAUACAUUCACCGAAACGCAGUCAGCAAUGCCUGCAAGUACGGAAGGGUCAAUGGACCAGUCACUACAAAAGUGUCCUAUGACGAAUCCACACAGCUGCUACAAAUGGAUGUCCUCAAUCUUCCCGGGCCGGAACACCAAUCCCUUUUGGAAAUGGGGGCCAGCGCUGCCACUCAAGUCUUUGCGCCGGCCAAGAGGCUGCAUAAAAAGCAAAGCUCAACUUCGGCGGGAGAUGGUGCUUGGAUCAUGCAAAAGUGUUCCGAAACAUUGAGAGGAAAUGUCAACAUUCGAUUCGAAUCUGACAUGACUGUCUUUAGUCUGGUCUUUCCAGCCAAGAAAUUUGAAGAGUCCGCCAAACCGGUGCACUUUCAGAUUCCCAAACGAACCUGGGGAGUCGCCAUUGAUGACUCCAAGAUUCAACGAAAGCUUCUAUCCAGGUUUCUGGCACAUGCCGGGAUCGCAGACUCCCGCCAAAUCAUCAAGGGAUAUACGACCGAAGAAAUUCAAACCUUUGACUCCUUUUUGCUAGACCUCAUGGAACGAAAUCCAAACGACUACUUUUUGGUGGUGGUGGAUGAAAACUUGGACAUUGCGACCGAGAAUGGACCACUGAAAGUCACCGUCUCGGGCUCGGAAUGCAUCGAACGAGUGCGCAAACAAUUGGAUCCCAUGCUGGAAUCCCGAAUGCUCAGUCUUGUUCGGUCCGCCAAUGACUCUUCUCAAGAUGUUGCCACCUACCUUUCCCGCGCCCAUGGCUUUGUUCCAAAGGCUCCAGUGCGACCGUCAGCUGUCAUUGAGACGAUUGCUCCACUCUGGCAGCAGCGCUUCAAUUGCUUGUCGACUACAAGUAAGAGCACUUCGACGUUUGAAGCAGAGCCAGAUUCCAGCUCUGGGGAAUCAUCCAUGUCCGAUUUUCUUUCACUUGUGGUGCAAGAACUCCGAGCAAACCUGGAUGCAGUGGACGAAUUGUGUUCCGAAGAAUCAGACUGUUUGUUGAAGGAGAACUGGCCUUUGGUUUGGGAGAAACUACACAGUUUGAAAGGUGAUCUUUUGAGUCUUUUCAAUAAUCCAAGCAUCGAGCAAGCAGUAUCGGAAAUCAAUUCCAUGCGAGGCUUGAACUGGCCGAAGGACUUUGAGUCCCGGUGGGGUGGUCUGCGAUCGCGAAUAUCUGACAUUGCAUCGGCAAUUGGUUGCAAGAAGCUGGAUGCAGACUCACCACAAUAUGAAGGUGGAAGGAAGAGGUCUCUUUCGGAGUCUCACCGAAGCAGCACUCCAACAUUCAAGAAGCUUCGGUCCAGCUAA